CGUCACAGUUCUCGGCAGUUCGAUAAUGAUGCUAGAAAACCUUAAGAAAGUCGCCAUUGAAGCGAUUGAUAAAUCAUCUAAACAGCUGUUUGAGUUAAAUCAAAAGAUCUGGAAAAAUCCCGAGCUUGCCUUUGAGGAGAAAACGGCCCACAAUGUGUUGACAGAAUUUCUUGAGAAUGUUGGCUUUAACGUAACUCGUGGACCAUAUGGGGGACUAGACACUGCUUUCCGUGCAGUGAGCGGGAAAUCGCGAAAACUCUCUGUUGGGAUUGUUUGYGAAUAUGACGCUCUACCUGGAUUAGGACAUGCAUGCGGGCACAACCUGAUAGCAGAGAUUGGAGUAGGAGCUGCCAUAGGUCUAAAAGCUGCUUUAGAAUCAACAGAUGUUGAGCUUGGUCGAGUUGUAGUAGUUGGGACCCCAGGAGAAGAGUCCAUGGGAGGAAAAAUAGUCAUGAUCAAUCAUGGCUGCUUUGAAGAUGUUGACCUGUGCAUGAUGGCUCAUCCUAAACCCUUCAACUGCAUCUAUCCAYCCUGUCUUGCRUGCCGUCAAGUUAAGGUAGACUACUUUGGGUAUGCRUCACAUGCUGGUGCAUAUCCAUGGGAAGGCGUAAAUGCUCUUGAUGCUGCWGUCAUGGCGUACAAUAAUAUCAGUAUGCUAAGACAACAAAUGAAGCCAAGAUGGAGAGUCCACGGAGUGAUAACCAAUGGAGGYUCCAGACCCAAUGUCAUUUCUGAUAAAACAAGYCUAUGGUUCUAUGUAAGGACUCCAACUGAGGAUGAAAUGAAUGUGCUUGUUGAGAAAGUAAAAAAUUGUUUUGAAGCAGCUGCUAAAGCUACAGGUUGUUCUGUGAAGCUUGAAUGGAAUGAAAGACCAUAUUCAAAYAUGAUAACUAAUGAGGUGAUGGCUAAACUCUAUCAAACCAAUGCUGAGAACCUUGGCUUAACGUUUGAAUCAARAGAAGAUCAGGAAAAGAUGGCUGUAGGAUCUACUGACAUGGGUAAUGUUUCACACAUAAAACCAUCCAUUCAUCCGUUUUAUGACAUUGAUACAACUGAGGCCAACCACACAGCCCCUUUCACAGCAGCCAGUGGGACAAUACCAGCACAUAACAUGUCRAUAUUGCAGUGUAAAGUCUUAGCUAUGUUGGCACUUGAUGUAAUGUGUGAUAAUAGCCUUAUGAGAGAAAUACAAGCUAACUUUGACAGGGCUCACAAAUCAAGUUGAUUGUGUUUCAUGAGUUAAUUUCUUGAUACAUUACCUGUUAUUCUACCAAUAAAAGACAAUACUUUAUAAAUAGACAAAAAAGUCAUGUUUUUUAUUAGAUAACAUACAUCUAAUUUAUUCACUUAUGCAAAUUAGUGCUUUGAAUUGCUUUGUAUAACAAUAAUGUGAAUACCGGUACUUAAAUAAUUUUUGUCAAYUGUUGCUCCAUGAUUGAAACUUUGAAGUGACAAUUGUCUUUGUGCAUUUGUGCCUAAUCUGUAUUGCAUAUACAAGMAGAAAAUCCUUAGUAAUAGAGUAUGUACUAUUAGAUAUAGAAUAUAAAAACAGUAUUUAGUUGCUCUUUUGUUGUCCAAAGAAUAAUUAUAUGUGCAAGCUUGUAUUUUCUUAGAAUUUAUAGCUUACUAACUGUGUUGGUUAUUGUCAUYAUUCUGAAAUAAAAGUUGUGGUAAAAGGUAA